GUGAGGCGGCUGCGCCGUGGCCCUUGGGUGCCGCUCAGCGCCGCGGCCGCCGCCCGGAGGCCCCAGACAGGUUCAGGCCUCGCCGCUCGCCCCGGCCCGCAGCCCCGCGGAGGGCGGGGAGAUGCAGCCCCCGGGCCCUCAGCAGCAGCCGCCGCCGCCUCCGCUCUUCGCGCCCAACAACGGGGACUUCACUUUCGUCUCCUCGGCCGACGCCGAAGAUCCUAGUGGGUCCAUAACAGCUCCAGAUGUUAAGCUAAAUCUUGGAGGAGAAUUCAUCAAAGAAUCAUCUGCAACUACAUUCCUGAGGCAGAGGGGGUAUGGCUGGCUUCUGGAAGUGGAAGAUGAUGACCCAGAAGAUAACAAGCCACUCCUGGAAGAACUUGACAUCGAUCUGAAGGAUAUUUACUACAAAAUUCGAUGUGUGUUGAUGCCUAUGCCAUCUCUUGGGUUUAAUAGGCAGGUAGUGAGAGACAAUCCAGAUUUCUGGGGUCCUCUGGCAGUUGUCCUCUUCUUCUCAAUGAUUUCAUUAUAUGGACAAUUUAAGGUUGUUUCUUGGAUUAUAACUAUCUGGAUAUUUGGAUCCUUGACAAUUUUUUUACUGGCCAGGGUUCUUGGAGGAGAAGUUGCUUAUGGCCAAGUUCUUGGUGUGAUAGGAUAUUCCUUGCUUCCCCUCAUUGUCAUAGCACCUGUACUUUUGGUGGUUGGAUCAUUUGAAGUGGUUUCUACCUUAAUAAAACUGUUUGGAGUCUUUUGGGCUGCGUACAGCGCUGCAUCUUUACUAGUUGGAGAAGAAUUCAAGACCAAGAAACCCCUUCUAAUUUAUCCCAUCUUUUUAUUAUACAUUUAUUUCCUGUCCUUGUACACUGGGGUGUGAUCUAGUGAAAGAUGUGGCCAAAACCCAUGUUUUCUUCACUUGCAGACUGAUAACGCAUAAGAUUAAGGAGGCUGGAAAUAAUACAAGUGACUGUUUUGUAUCCAGUUGUCAAGAUGUUUUAAGAUUGAAGAGCAUAUUUGUGUAUAUUAUUUAAUGAAGUAAUUGUAGCUAUAUAGAUUUGUAUCAAAGUUCUAGGUUUGUUUAAGACUCUUCAGAUUUUAAUGAACAAAAUAAAAGACCUUGUGUUUUAUAAAAAAAAAAAAAAAAAGUGUAGCAAAACCAGAACUCUAUACCUGUGCCAAAAGCACUAGGACCAGAUUACUAUAUUAGAGGAGAAAAAUAAGUUAAUUGUAAAAUCUCAAAGUGCAAUUUUUUCUUUCAAGCUCAAACAGCUGGCUUUUUUUGGCACAGCAAAUUCUGUAGAUAAUAUAUAUAUUUAUUAAACAGUCCUUACUGUUCACAGAAUAGCCUGUAAAAUGAAGACAUGAAGAUACUACUUAUAAUUUAGUGCCUCAAUUAGUUUCAUUUGGCUCUUGAGUUUUUAUAAAUUCCAAUUUGUUCCCAAAAUAUGUAUAUAUUGUGUAUUUUGUAUCUAUGGCUUGCGUGUAGCAUAUGUACUCCUUGGUUAAGGAUGUAUAUUGGGUUUUCAAAAUUUGAAAAUACAAGUAUUUGAGGUCUUCAUUUACCAUCUCUGACCAAAGGAGCAAGACACUUACUGUGUAACAUAAAACAUUAAAUUGCUUCUUCAGAGACUCAAAUUAAUUUACUCCUGUUUUAAAUUUAGAAAGAAACAGGUGAAUACCUUCCUCAACUGUAGUGCUGGCUUAGUGUCAGAGGGGAAACAAAAAUCCAAUUUGUGUGCUCUUGAAACAAUGUUUUAUGAUGACAAAAUAAUAAUAAAAAAAAGCUUCCCUAAGUAUAUUUUAUAACAUCUUGCUCUAUUAUUUUUUUUAUAGUAAUGACAUUUAACCUGCAUAUACUUUUUUCCCAAGGUUGAUUCCUUACAAAAAGUAACAAUAUUUGUAAGGUCAGAUUCUUUCCCCUUUACCCCCAUUAAAAGAGCUAGAACUAGAGCCUCAGUAACAGUCUUGCUAAUUUUGACUAUCCAAGGAUUAUGUAAGAAUGUGAUGACAUUAAAUAUUUCCUGUGUACUGUGUUGAUUGCUUAUGUAAUAGUCCUAACGGUAACGUUUCUUCACAAGAAAACUCCACUGAAAUUCACUUUGCAUGGUACUUCGUCGUUUGCAACCUUCAGUAGUUAGCAUUACCAAAUAGAUCUCAAGUAUCUUUUAUUAUUUUUUUAAUCUUUGGUUGGGGGAAGCAUUUCCCUAGCCUUUUUUUUUUUUUCCUCCCCUCCACCCCAAUGCAGGAAAUAAAAAUCACCCAUGAAAGGGAAUAGCAAGGGCUAUCUUUGAUCCGUAAUGGAUGUAUUUCCUUGUGAGAAGUUUCUCAGCUUUUUCAAUGGCAUAACUUGCCAGUUUAGCAACUUAUUUUUACCACUCAUUGUUGAUGCAAAAUACAAAUGUAAAUUCCAGUUCUGCUGUGACCCUUUAGCUUACUUGGACUACUUUUCUGGCUGAUGCUUGCGUUGGUUUGAAACAAAACUAUUGAAAGUUGAUAUUGGAUAUAAAAACUGUAAUAUUCUAGCUUGUAAUACAUUAAAGGAUAAAACCUGGUGGAGUGACUGACUUGUCACCUAAUUUUUGACUUCUGUGGAAGUUUUGGUGGAAUUGCUGUAGUCAUAAUAAACCUUAUGCUGGCAGCUUAGUUCUUAUCUGGAAUCUUUUAAGAAUACUCAUUCCCCACUUAAAAAAAAAAAAAGUUAAAGUGAUGCACCCUAGCUUUGUUUUGAA